UCCCUCCUCCUCCUCCUCCUCCUCCUCCUCCUCCUCCUCCCCCGCCCGCUUCCGCCCCGGCUUAUUAUCCUCCUUAUUGACAAACAGAGCGGCGGCGGCGGCGGCGAGCUCGGCGUGCGUCGGUAGCCAAGCCAUGGGAGACAAGAAGAGCCCCACCAGGCCGAAGCGGCAGCCGAAGCCGUCCUCGGAUGAGGGCUACUGGGACUGUAGCGUCUGCACCUUCCGGAACAGCGCCGAGGCCUUCAAGUGCAUGAUGUGCGAUGUGCGGAAGGGCACCUCCACCCGAGAAGAAAAGGCUGGAUCACUUACCAGUAACUGGAGUUCUCCUAUUGGGUAAUCUCCACAGAUCCACAUUCUUUGAAGUUAUUGUGAAUGCCUCGAGGACCAAGGAACCGUUGAAAUUUCCAAUUUCAGGAAGGAAGCCUCGACCUGUCUCCCAGUUGGUUGCCCAGCAGGUUACUCAGCAGUUUGUGCCCCCUACACAGUCAAAGAAAGAGAAAAAAGAUAAAGUAGAAAAAGAAAAAAGUGAAAAGGAAACAACUAGCAAAAAGAACAGUCAUAAGAAAACCAGGCCAAGAUUGAAAAAUGUGGAUCGGAGUAGUGCUCAGCAUUUGGAAGUUACCGUUGGAGAUCUGACAGUCAUUAUUACAGACUUUAAGGAGAAAACGAAGUCACCGCCUGCAUCUAGUGCUGCUUCUGCAGAUCAACACAGUCAGAGUGGCUCUAGCUCUGAUAAUACAGAGAGGGGAAUGUCCAGGUCAUCUUCACCCAGAGGAGAAGCCUCAUCAUUGAAUGGAGAAUCUCAUUAAAGUUUAUUUUCUCCAAUUUCUUAGUCACUUCUGUCAUAACAUGCAAAUACACAGAUUAUGCCAAGAAGUACCACAUUUUCAUGACAAACAUUCACGCACAAUCCAUAAUUUGCGUUUUACACAGAAUAGAAAUUUGUUAGAAUUUGUUAGACUUUAUUGCAAUCUAUGCUUACCAAACAUUUUCAGACUUGACAUUUUGGUCUCCACAGUUCAAGGUGCCAUGAAAAUGUGGUUGAAUUAUUCAUUAUGCAGUGUUAUUGGUAAGUCUAUUUUCACUUUUAGUUUAGUGAAUUCUAACACAUAAUUCUUGAAUUCUCUACUAUUGGCAUGUAACGAAUUUAAAUUUUUAUAACAUAGUGCAAGCUGCCUAAAUAUGUAUUAUUUGAGAAUUGUGAAACAAAUAGUUAUAUGUAUACAAGUCAAAGAUCAACUUAAUCAACUAUUGCUGCAACAGGAUUUUCUUAAUGGUUAUCCUCUUAAAUACACCUGCUGGUACUUGGUGUGGUUAAAUAGGAAAAAUUGUUAUUAAAUAAAGAAUUUGUAUGAACCGUUGCCAAUGUUUUUGACACAUUUUACUAAAUUAUUGUUCCUGAAUUAUGUUUCUGGUUUUAUCUUUGUUUUUGUUUAUCUUUUAAAACGUUCAUUAUUGUAAUGUUUACUAGCAGAGUAGUAAACAAUAAAACAUUGAUUAUUUAGCUUUAUAAUUCAGGUUUAGUGCUCUUGUCAUUGAACACUGGUAUUUUCUGUAUAAUAUAAAACAUUAAAGUUCAAAUCAGUAUAAGCAUUUGGCAAAAACAGAAAAGAAACCUGAUGUAUUUUAAAGGCUGCAAUUUUGGAAAAGCUUUAACUUUAAAUAAUAGUUUUAUCACUGUUGUCUUGCCCCAAACUUGUGCAGGGUCAUAGAAGUAUGAAUCUAAUUAAUACAGAAAUGGGAACUGUUGCACAGAACUGGGAAAUGACUAAUCUUAAAUCAGUUUAAUAAUUGGCCUCUUAUUAAACAUAAUGAUUCUUAUGAAAAUCAUACUGCCCUAUUUUGAGACACAACUGCCAGUUUAUGCAUUUAUCAAUAUCCUGAAAUAGAAAAAGUAUUUACAGCCCCACUUACUAUUAUGUAAAAUUACCAAUAAAAUAUUUUUAUGACUACAGAUUUUGCAUUUUUGUUCAAAACUAAUAAUGUGUUUCAUGUUGUAUUUAAAAAUCCAACCUAGAAACCACACAGUACUUCUUAAAUUUUUCUAGGGUCUCCUGCUUCUUUUACCAUUUGCUUAAUAUAUAUCCACCUCUAGGAGACUUCUGAAAUGUAAAUUAAAAACCUAACUUGGAAUCAGAAUAUCACUUAAAGACACUGAUCACAUUUGAAGAGCAGAAAAAAGUACCCCUAAAAAUCGUAGACCCUGACAGUUGUGAUAUUUGGUGGUUUCUCGUGGUAAUGUAAUUUUCUGUUAAAUUGCAGUACUUUUUCCAGGCACAAUGAGACUGUCUUUUUUGUAAGAUGCUAGUUGUGAAAUACAGUUAAUUGCAUACAGUAAAAGUCUGUGAUUAAAACAUUUAUAUACCUCA